GGGAAAUCAAAUCGCGCCGGGUCUCGUUCGGCAGCUUGUUCGGCAGCGCACUCGACUGCGCGACCCCGCCUCUUCGGGCUCGCUCUCCGUCCGCGAGCCUCCUCUGGCCUCCGUCUCUCCCCUGCUCGUAGCCUUUGUCCCAAGGCGGCCUCCCGGAAUUGGCGUCAACUGUGUGGCCCAUCGGAACCCUAUACCGUGUGAGGCGGUGCCGGCGUUGAACGUGACCUGAACCUGGACAUCCCACCGAACCCAGGUACACCAGCGGUGAAUCACCCGAAUACCUCAACUGUGGUGUCUUACCACGCUCGAAGUCAUCGAUUGAACCUUGCGUCUCCAAUAACUGCAGUGGGCAAGCACGCGGUCUCAUAGCCUUCGAGGCAUCCCUGGAGUAGGCCAGCGUAUCUGCGUGGGCUGUCAUGUCCAUGAUGGCUGCCGCAGCCUCAGCGUACGACGAGCACCUCCUGCGGCGGGCUCAAUCAACCGGCGACCUCCCCAAUCCUGCGCCCUCCACACGCCCGAGCCGUCAUGGCAGUCUACACCGCUCGGAAGGUGUGGUUCAACGGCCAGAGCCGCUGCACGUACACCCAGGACGUCGCGCCCCGCACACUUCGUUCGACUCUCUCGAAGCUGCUCUCGCUCAGAUCAACGAGACCCCGCGUGCUGACCCGCGCUUGCCACGAAAUCGGCCGCCGCAGCAACGACCAGAAGAUGUACCCACUCUGCUCGACAAGCUUCUUAUGAUGUUCGGCCUCUCUGGAGCGGACGCAAAAGCACGGAGAGAGUUCAUAGCGUUCGUGUGGAACGUCGGGUUUGCCAUCGCGCAGUAUAUCAUUAUCAUAACGCUCCUUGCGUAUUCCGCUCAUCACGAGAGCCCGACACAACCAGGUCUCAGUGAAUGGGAUGCAUGUUCCCGGCCGUUGGGUGUAUGGGACUCGAUCUGGCUGAUCCGAGUAGCCCUUGGACUGCUCUUGUCGAUAUGGGGCUACCGACGCGACAGAGCUACACGUCUAGUCCGCGAACGCAGGGAAAGGAACGAAGAGGUCGAAAGCCCGAGGCCUCCCGCGAUAGCCCCCCACCGCUUCCCUCGUGAGCGUGAUCCGCGGGCACCUCCAAUGUGGGCAAACGACGACUACAUAGACCGGGGAAAUCAUGCGCCCGAGAGGGCAUCCCCUCUCUAUUCUCGGCUGUCCCUUCUUUGUACGAUCAUGUCGCUCGCCUGGUUCCUCACCGCACACACCCUGGAGUACACCUCCGUCAACGACUGCCGGCACUCCUCGCCGCACCUCUGGUGGCUCACGUUCGGGAUCCUGUGCAUCCUCUACCUCAUGGUGCUCGAGAUCUUCCUCCUCGGCCUGCUCGUCUUCGUCUUCGGCCCCGUGCUCUAUCUCCUCUGGAACGUCAUCCUGCUCUGCCUCGGCCGCCACCCGCUGCAAAAUCCGCACCAGAUCAAGCCCGAGAUCGGGAAGCUCCCGAGGCACGUCGUGGACCAGAUCCCGCUCGCGCCGCGGGAAGGCGCAGAAGGGCGGGGCGAGAAGGGCGGGGACGCGGGCGCGGGCGGGGCGGGCGACGGCAAGGGCGGGCUGAAGCGGGAGAUGGAUCCGGAGAAGAUGACGUGGGAGGACCGCUGGGAGUCUGGGGACUAUCCGUUCGUGCGGCUCGAGGGCAACCGCGCCGUGUGCGCGAUCUGCCUGCUCGACUUCGAGCCGCCGAAGCGGGUCGACGGUGCGGAGGAGGAGAGCGAGGAGAAAGUGAGGGAGGCGAGCGAGGACACGGAUGAUAAGGACGACGCUGCGAGUGGGAAGGUGGACUUGGAGGCUGGGGAGAGGGAGGGGGAGGUGGCGGAUGGCGAGGUGGGCGCGCCGGACGAGUCGGUGCAUGAGGUGCAGGUGGACGAGGUUACGGAGGAGGACCGGCAGCAGCUGAGGCUGGACGAUGCGGGCGAGGGCGCUGUGCCACUGCGAUUGCUCGCAUGCGGGCAUGUCUUCCACCAAACCUGUGUCGACCCGUGGCUGACGGACGUCUCAGGGCGGUGUCCGGUCUGUCAGCGACCGGUCAUGGACCCCACGAAGACGAAGUCGAAAAGGGGGGAGUCGACGCAAUGACACCAAGAUAGUGAUGCCCAUUCUGGACUUCUGACUGUACUCUAAUUCCGCUACCCCCGACUGGUCAUGCCGUUGUCGACCGUGCGCCGCUCGCCUCUGGUACUCGUGUCUUAUUUUAUUAUUGCCUCUUGCUUCUUGUAUUCUUGCCAGUGACUAUUGAUGUUUGCAUUGUAGAAUAACCUGUAGCACGAAAAUGUUUCAUUUAUGUCUGCUUAUGCCCACUCAG